AUUCCGUAUUCCGUCAAUUCCUCCAUGAAUUAAUUGAUCACCAAAUUCAGUUUAGAUUCAUCACUCUCGCAUGAUCGAUUUUUUCUGUUCUGGAGUACAUCGACUUCUACAAGCGACGUACAUACGUAGCGAAAUAGAUCAUAAUAUGUUUAACGUAACAAAUUAAAUAUAUUAUGGAUCGAUUAGCCGAUUGUAUAAAUUAAAUCGCACGUACUUAUUAUAUAUCCGGCACCGAUCAGAUCGAUCGAUAAUAAGUAAGCCGGUGGCCGGAAAGUUGAGGACAUAUAAUGGGUACGGAAGUGGCGGCUGAUAUAGAGGCACCCCCUUCCGCUUAUAAAGUCAAUGGCGGCAACUCUACCAUCUUCAGGAAACCCACCCGUCCAGUUACUUUGAAGUUUGAAGAUGUGGUUUACAAGAUCAAGCCGAGCAAGAAAGAAGGUUUGUCGUUACUGAUGAAAACGAGGAAACAGAAAGUCGAAGCCGAGAAAACGAUCCUGAAUGGGGUGACGGGUGCGGUGUUCCCCGGCGAGAUGCUUGCGAUGUUGGGUCCUUCAGGGUCCGGGAAAACCACCCUACUCACUGCACUUGGUGGCCGGCUCGGCGACGGAGGCCGUCAUCAGCUCACAGGAAAAAUAACCUACAACGGAAAACCGUUUUCAAACGCCAUGAAACGCAACACCGGUUUCGUCCCUCAACAUGAGAUCAUGUACCCUGAACUCACCGUCACGGAAACCCUAGUUUUUUCGGCCCUCCUCCGUUUGCCGAGAAGUCUGACGAAGUCAGAAAAGGUUGCACAGGCGGAGGCGGUGAUCGCUCAGCUCGGGCUGAGCAAGUGCAAGAACAGCCUGGUCGGCGGUUCUUGGAUGAGAGGGGUUUCUGGGGGAGAAAGAAAGAGGGUUAGUAUCGGACAAGAAAUGCUAAUAAACCCGAGCCUGCUUUUGCUGGACGAGCCGACGUCGGGGCUGGACUCGACGACGGCUCAGCGGAUCGUGUCGACCAUGUGGGAACUGAGUCAGGACGGCGGGAGGACAGUGGUGAUGACCAUCCACCAGCCGUCGAGCAGGCUGUUUUAUAUGUUUGACAAAGUGCUUUUGUUGUGCGAAGGAAGUCCGUUGUAUUUUGGAAGAGGGUCGGAGGUUAUGAACUAUUUCUCCAGCAUUGGGUUCUCUCCUUCUGUCGCCAUGAAUCCUUCCGACUUCCUGUUGGACCUCGCCAACGGUGUUCCGGGCGACGAUUUACGUGAAAAUCAAGCAGCAAUAAAGGAGAUUCUGGUUUCCGCUUUCAAAACAAAUCUGUUAGAAACGUUGGAAGAUGAACUGCGGGAAACAAAAACAGGGGAUGAAAUUUCGUCGAAUUCCGCCGGCUACGAGAAGCGUUACAAAGGAUGGUCAAUUACUUGGUGGGAGCAAUUUACAGUGCUGUUGAAUAGGGGUUUGAAACAGCGCAAGUCCGACUCCUUCUCCGGCCUAAAAAUCGGCCAAAUUUUAGUCGUAGCCUUACUUACCGGCGCUUUGUGGUGGAAAUCCGUCGACUUGCAAGAUCAGAUUGGGUUGUUAUUUUUCUGUUCAUCAUUCUGGGGAUUCUUCCCACUGUUCCAAGCAAUAUUCACAUUCCCAGCAGAGAAGAAAAUGCUUAAGAAGGAAAGAUCAUCAGGAAUGUACAGGCUCUCAUCAUUCUUCAUGGCAAGAACCGCUGGCGACCUUCCCAUGGAGCUCGUCCUUCCAACCGUCUUCAUGCUAAUAACAUACUGGAUGGCAGGUCUAAAACCAACCCCAGGCCACUUCUUCUCCACCCUACUCGUCAUCCUACUCUGUGUACUGGUCUGUCAAAGUCUCGGGCUAGCCAUUGGUGCAAUCGUUAUGGAUCAGAAGUCCGCAACGACUCUCGGGUCUGUCAUCAUGUUAUCUUUCCUUCUCGCUGGGGGUUAUUACGUCAGGCAUGUCCCUAAGUUCAUAGGAUGGAUAAAGUAUGUAUCCAUUGGGCAGUAUACAUACAAGCUUUUGUUGGAGACACAGUUUAAGCCGGAGGAAACUUAUCUUUGCCCCUCCGCUGCGGCGGGAGGAGGAGGGAUGGUUUGUUUGGUUAAGGAUCAUCCUUCUAUUGAGAGAGCUGAGCUUGGGAAACAUGUCACCUUUUCUGUUGUUGCAUUGCUCAUCAUGCUUGUGGGUUACAGGCUGAUUGCAUAUGUAGCCUUAAUGAGAGUGGGAAGAACCAAGUAGUUGUUAAAUAAGUAGCUUAUAUUUGGUAGUUCUUGGCUUGUUAGUAGAUGCAUUUUCUGAAAACCUAUACUGAAUAAGUUCAUUGCUAGGUAAUUAAUCACCUUACCAUUUGUUAAACUCCCAUUUGUUAUGAUCAUAUUAUCUUGAUGUAGACAUUACACGAAGUAUAUUAAAGCGCGAAAUAAUGAUUUUGUUAAGAAACACAAUUU